GCCAUGGAGCGGUACGAGAAGGCGGCGCUGAGCGCGGGCCCGAUGCUCGAGCCCAGAACUGAGGGUUCAUUAACAUCAACUUUAAGAACACUUCUGUUCUUCACAGCUUUAAUGAUCACAUUACCUAUUGGGCUGUAUUUUUCAUCAAAGGCUUAUAUAUUUGAAGGUACCUUAGGAAUGUCCAACAGAGACAGCUAUUUUUAUGCUGCCAUAGUAGCUGUAGUUACAGUUCAUGUGGUACUUGCUCUGUUUGUGUACGUGGCGUGGAACGAAGGUACUCGACAGUGGCGGGAAGGCAAACAGGACUAAAAUGGAAAUCAUCAUCCUCCAAUACCUACAGACUGUAAAUAGACUUUUUUUGUGUGUGAAUUGAGUUGAAAGCAUUCUUCAAUGUAGUAUAUGUGAAUACGAAUAUGAGACUAAUGCCCAGCUGUACUUUGGUUAGAACAAGACUUAGGCUCUUCUCAGAUGUGUGCCGGUGUUUUGUCUAAUGCUGGUGAAAAUUGUAACACUAGUCAGCCRCUACCAGGUGGGGUUGUAGAGGUCUUCAUGUGAAAUUAGAAUGAAAUAAGAGCAUAUAGCAGAGUGUGGGGAGGAAUCAUGCAGCUAUUUUUACCAUUCUUAACAUUUUCCUGAUUUUCUUUCUUUAGAAAUAAUAUUGAUGUGAUGCAAAAAUUAUGUUUUGCCAUAACUAACUUAUUAGUUAGGAAAGCUGCAUAACUUGCAAUGCAACUCAAAUGGGAGAGGUGUGUUUUCUAUUUGUUGUGCAUAGCUUCCUUAUUUCCACAACAUAGAAUCCAACUGAGCAUUGUUUUGUGCUAACACGUAUACAGUCUAAUUUUGUUUUUUGUUGUUGGAAGUAAAAUAAAGGCAAUGACUGAACAGGCAGCUCCUUACAGUAGUAUGUUGUGCAGAGGCUUUUUAACUCCAGAGACCAAAAAAAAUGCAAAACGAGUUGAGAAAGUCUUCUGAAAAACUUGCAAAGGAACAACUACUGUGCUUUGUUAAAGUUCUGUCAUUAUUUUCAUAUCAAAAACUAAAAAAGAAAAGUUGCUUUCUGACUUGUAAUUCAUUUGCAGGAGAAGUCUCAAGUUAUAGAGAAUCAUGUCUGAUGAAUAARUUGUUUAAAUAGCAAUGCAUGGUAGAUGUGUUUAGUGCCUUUGUAAUACUAUGCUUGU